GUAGAUUCAGAAAGCUCCAGCUUUGUCCAGUCUGGCAGUUCACCCUUUCCAGCUUUGCCAUUCACAUUGAGGCCAGUCACCAGUUCCAUGAAGUUUUCAUCUCUAACUAUUUUGGAGCCCUGUGAGCUACGUCCGUGCUCUCAGAGAUUUACCAUCAAGCAGAAGCCUAUAAACUGGACUAGAAGAAAAGUAAUAUGCAAGAAGGCAGCUACAGGAAGUAUUUGUGUUUUUGCUGUUGACAUUUUAUCCACAAUACAUCUGGGUUGAAUCAACUCAAAAAUCAGCAAUGAAUUCUGAAACAAAUUCUAGUACACACCGAAAUAGUUAUAUUCAAAAACAAAAUAAUGAUAUCAGUUCAGAUGAUGUGGUUGAUAUGUCCACACAUGAAGACACAGUCACUGAACACCUGAAGAAAAAAGACUGUCUGGAAAACCCUGAAGAAACUGCAGAACCAUCAAGCACCAAUGUUCCUCAGGCUGAAGAAGUUCCAACCCUCAUUCAAGUUUUUCAUGUGCUACUAGAGGAAGAAAAUUAUUUGAUUCAAUUCAGUGAAGGAACAUUAGCAAAAUUUUAUGCAUGUAUCACAGAAAACAAUGGUGUCAACUUAGAAUCAUCUUUUGUCAAGGACAAAGGUCUCUAUAUAACAGUGUUUGGCAACCCAGAAUCUGUCAUAAAAGCUGAGAAUGGAAUUUUUGAAUGGUGUCAAGAACAAGAUUUAACUUUAAAUAUCAUUUCCAAACAAGAGCAUUGCUUUGUUAUAGACCAGACUGGAGAAAAAGCACAAGAUUUGGAACAAAAAGCUGAAAUAAAUACUCAGAUCAUAAGUCCACACAAUCAGAGCAACUAUGUGAAUAGUGUUGAUGCAAUUCAGGCAGAAUUGAAAUCUUCAGAUGGAAGCCAACCUACAUCUGCCAAAAGUAGCAAGGAUGAUAUCCAGACAUUAGAAAUGGAGAGAAUAUUUAAUCCCUUGACUGCUGUGCCAUCCCCUGAAGCAAGUGAUGUUUCCCAAGAAACAGAGGGACAUAUCCCCUUUCCACUGUCUAGCACCAAUGAGAACAAUAUAGAUGUUAAUGAAAGAAAAUUAUAUGUAGAUCAGACAAAUUGUUGUGAAAAGGAGAUGACUGAGAAGACAAACACCAUAACUGAGGAUGUGAUGAUGAAGUUUCAAAACAAUUGUACCAUAGGUCUCAAAAGAAAUUUUCUGGAAGAGAUUCUAGAAACAACUGGAGAUUCAACAGAACAUUCACCCUCAGAAAGCGUAUCAGAUUCUAUGACACAACAUAGCGAGCCUGACAGUUCAGGGGAGGUAAUUAAUGAAGUCGAUUCUAUUGAUGAUGAUUAUGUUGUUUAUUCCAUCUCUGCCCCUUCUUGGCUACACAGGUUUAUUAUUGGUACGAAAGGUGAGAAUAUAGCUGAGAUAACAAAUAGUGUACCAAAGGUAAAUAUACAUUUUACAGCUGAAGAUAAAAUUAUUCUGAAAGGACCAAUAGAUGAUGUAAAUUAUGCUCAAGAAAAAAUUGACAUAAUUGUCAAUGACCUAAUUAGUAGAAUGGAAUGUACUGAGAUAAACAGUAACAUCAAGUUUCACAAGUACCUGACAGGGAAUAAUGGGGAGAUCCUAAAUAGGAUUACUGAGAAGAACCAAGUCUCUAUCUCAAUGUUUCCUGAAAAUGAAUCCAAUCACUCGAUCCGCAUUGAGGGAGAAUCUCUGGGUGUCCACCAAGCCAAAAAAGAACUCCUUGAGCUGGCUAAUAAUUUGGAAGAAGAGCACAGUCAGGACAUAAUCAUAAAACACCAAUUUCAUCACAUACUUAUUGGGCAAAAAGGCGAAAGGGUCCGUGAAAUCUGUAAGAAAUUCCCUGAUGUUAUCCUCAAUUUUCCACAUCCUGCAGAGAAAAGUGAUGUUGUCCAACUGAUAGGGCCAAAAUAUGAGUCAGAAAAAUGUGCACAGUAUUUGGAGAAUAUGUUGACAGAUAUUAAAGAAAAUAACUAUUCUGUAAGUAUUACUAUCUUUAAAAGGCUACACAAAAGGAUAAUUGGUAAAGGAGGCUCAAACAUAAAAAAAAUCUCGGAAACAACGAACACCAAGAUUAGUUUUCCACCAGAAAACUGCAACUCAGAAGAGUUUAUCAUUACUGGAUAUCCAGAAAAUUGUGAAAUUGCACGUAACUGGAUUCUUUCAAUUCAGCAAGAGAUAGCAGAUACUUCAGAAGAGGAGAUUUCUGUUCCUCCUAAUCUAUAUAAAUAUCUGACUAAUCCCAAAGAAUGUUUGCUAAAUUCAAUCAUAGAAGAAUGUGGGAAGGUUCAUCUGCAUUUCCCAAGAAACAAGUCAGGACUGCAUAAAAUCAUUAUCAUGGGCCCUGUUGAAAGUGUUGAAAAGACAAAAACAAAGCUUCUGAAACUUGCAGAAGAAGAACAAGCCAAGUGUUACUCAGGGACUGUCCAUGUCAAAUCACAAUUUCAUCAAUUCCUUGUGAAUAAAAAUGGAGGCAAUAUUUCCAAACUCUGUGAGGAGACUGGAACAUGUGUUAUUUUCCCUAACCUUAAGAACAAGGAUCAAGAAUUCAUAACAAUCACAGGAACUGAAGAGGCUGUUAAAGAAGUGCAAAAACGACUGGAGGUUUUAAUGAAAGACUUAGAGAAUGUGGUAGAGGAUUACAUACUAAUAAAUCGGAAAUUUCACCAUUAUUUUGUCAUGCGAAGGGGUCAGCUUUUAAGAGAAAUGACAGAGGAGUAUGGUGGUGUGGUUAUUUCAUUCUCUUAUGCAGGGAAACAGAAUACAAAAAUCACAAUAAGAGGGGCAAAAGCUUGCGUUGAGGCAGCAAAGAAACACAUACGAGACAUUUUUGAGCCUUUGGGCUCCCAAGUUACAACACGGUAUGUUAUUCCUCAGAAGUUCCAGCCUUUUAUUAUGGGACCAAUAUGUUCACGGAUUCAACAAAUUGCUAGGGAUUAUAAAGUUCAAAUCAAAUUUCCUGACAUAGACAAGCCAUUCCUAAAUAUGGAUCUAGGAAUGCAAGAAAAGGGAAAAGAAAAGUGGAGAAGGAACCCUAAAGAUCUUGCUUCUAAUUCUUCAAGGAAAAGUGACACCAUAUUUAUCUCAGGCCAAGUGGAAAAUUGCAAGGCUGCUACUGAAGCUCUUGCUUCUCUAAUUCCUGUUACUGCUGAAGUCCAUGUGCCCUUUCACCUACAUCCUUACAUCAUUGGGCACAAAGGAUGUGGUUUACGUAAGCUAGUAAAGGAAUUUGAAGUUCAUAUCCAGUUAUUACAACCUGGAAGAAAUUCCGAUAUCAUAUCUAUUAUGGGCCUUGCAGCAAAUGUGGAACAAGCCAAGAUGAGAUUACAAAAGCGAGUCAAGGCUUUACAAAUGGAAAUAGAAGAUCGGACACUAAGAAAUUUUAAGCUAAUAUUCAAUCUAGAUCCCAAAUAUCGUUCUAAAAUCACUGGUCAUAAGGGCUUACUUAUUGCUCAGAUUUGCACAGAGCAUGAUGUUACUGUCCGUUUUCCAAAGAAAGGAAGCCAUGAGAUGCAGGACCAAAUCACUAUUACGGGCUAUAAAGAGAACACUCUAGCUGCUAGAGAUGCAAUAAUGAGAAUGUUACAUAAGAUCGAAAAAACAGUUUCUAAAGAAAUCCCACUAAACUACCAGGUUCGUGGCAAUGUUAUCGGAUUCCGUGGAAAAACCAUCCAUAAAAUCAUGGACCAAUACCAAGUAGAUAUACGUUUACCUCCAAAAGGGUCCUAUAAUCCUAAUAUAACCUUGACUGGACUCCCUGAUAAUGUACAAAGAGCGAGUGAGCAUAUACUCAAUCUUGAGAAGUAUUAUCUGUCAGCUGAUAUAAGCCAUAGAUCUCAGCAGGAGCAUAAUAAGAGUGUCUCCCUUUGCAAUAUAGCCAUGACACCAUCUAAGAGUGUUGUCAGAAAAUAUGUUCCCUGUUAUGCUAAAACAACCACAAAGCUCCCAGAUGUGGAUAACUGUGAACACUUUCCAAAAUUAAAACAACGAGUGUCUUCUAAGACUCAUCCUUCAAAACUGUAACAAUGAUGAUCAAAACAAUAAAGUGUUCCAAACUGCU